AUGGGGGCUUCUCCCUUUCCCCUGCGGUGCCGGCUCACCGGCAGCAGCGUGGUUGUUAUUAGCCGAGCCUUGACCCCGCAGGCUCGUGCCCUGCAUCCUCACAGCCCGUUCCAGCGCCUCGGCUCCGGGUUCCAGCGGGGCAGCUCCCGGGGGGGCUGGGACCAGCGGGUGACCCGGGAGGUGCAACCGGCCCCUUUGCCUGCGGGGUCUGCCCUGCUGCCCUACGUGCCCCGCGUGCCCCCCGCGGCGCUGCCGGGGAAGCUCACCGCCACCACCUUCGCGCUGGAGAGGCCCUGCUGCGUCUUCGACGGGCACGCCAACGCCUCCGACACCGUCUGGCUGGUGGUGGCUUUCGCCAACGCCUCGGCCGCCUUCAGAAACCCCCCGUCCCAGGCCAGCGUGCCCCUGUACGAGCAGCUGCCCACCGCCCACUCCUACAUGACGCUGGAGACGGCGGCGGCCGCGUACGCCUGCUUGGCGCCGAGCCCGGCCUUCCUGCGGGUCGGGGGCGACACAGCGUGCGGGGGCCAGGGCAGCCGGGACCCCUGCAACGGGCCCCUGCCCUCCCCGGGGCCCUACAGGGUGAAGUUCCUGGUGAUGGGCUGCCACGGCCCCAAAGCGGAGACGAGGUGGUCAGACCCCAUCCUCCUGCGCACAGCCGGCAGCCCGAGCACCAUCGACCCUGCGCCCGUGCGCUGCGGCAGCGACGUGGUCGUCAUCGCCUCCAUCCUCGCCAGCCUGGGGGCCGUGCUGGCCGCGGUGGUGCUCGGCGCUGCGGGCGCCGCGGCGUGGGGGUCCCUGUGCCGGCAGGGGUCGGGGACCAGCGCCUUCGCCCGCAGCUCCUACAGGACCCACCACAUCCCCCCGGCCCUGCCGCAGCCCCUGCCCCCCGGCUGCACGUGCAGCCCCCCGGGGCUGGGCUGCUUUGUCCCCCGGCCUCCUGGGCCGUGUCCUGCCGAGUAA